GUGAAGGAGGUUUGAAAGGGAUAUACAUGUAAACAUGAUAGCUGGACAAAAUGCAAUUUUUCAAACUUUUCUCGGAACCCUAUUUACUUGGGGAUUAACAGCUCUGGGAGCUGCUUUAGUUUUUAUUUUCAAUAGCAGCCAGAGAAAAGUAUUGGAUGCUAGUUUAGGAUUCGCAGCAGGGGUGAUGACAGCAGCCUCCUAUUGGUCCUUACUGGCACCAGCAAUAGAAAUGGCAGAAUUGUCAGGGUUAUAUGGUAGUAAUGGAGAGUGGGCAUUUAUACCAGUAGCUGUAGGGUUUGUUCUGGGAGCAGUCUUUGUAUAUGGUGCUGAUGUUUUAAUACCAUAUAUUGGAGGUGGUGGUACCAAUGUAAUCAUGUCAUUAGAAUCUGAGUAUAAACAGCACAAAGAUGAGGAUGUACAGAUAAAUCUUGUAUCUCAAGAACAGUCAUAUAAUUAUUCUAGAUCUGAAUAUAGUACAGAUCCGCAACGGCGGAAACCAGUACAAGGAGGAUUAAUAUCUACAGAGGACCAAACUAAUAUUGUCAAUAAUGAGUCGUUAUCAUCUCAAGAUACAAGAUGGAAAAGAAUUUUGCUACUUAUCAUUGCUAUAACAGUACAUAACAUUCCAGAGGGUUUAGCAGUUGGUGUUGGGUUUGGUGCGGUUGGAAGAACUCCUUCAGCAACAUUUGAAAAAGCAAGAAAUUUAGCAGUAGGUAUAGGUAUACAGAAUUUUCCUGAAGGAUUGGCAGUUAGUUUACCUUUACGUGGUGCUGGUAUGUCAACAUUAAAAAGUUUUUGGUAUGGUCAGCUAAGUGGAAUGGUGGAACCUAUAGCUGGUUUAUUUGGUGCUGUAGCUGUUGUUAUAGCACAGCCUUUAUUGCCUUAUGCAUUAGCUUUUGCUGCAGGUGCAAUGAUAUAUGUGGUUGUAGAUGAUAUAAUCCCAGAAGCACAGACAUGUGGAAAUGGUAAAGUAGCUUCAUGGGGUGCAGUUGUAGGUUUUGUUGUAAUGAUGUCAUUAGAUGUUGGUCUAGGAUAACUUAGUCAUAGGAUAAUUAGAAGUAUGGCUCCUUCACUGAAGAUCUGUGAUGAACUUCAUUCAUAUAAUAAUAUAGGACUUUAUAUUUUAUGCUCAAUAAAAAUAUUGAUAUUUA